UGUGAUACAAUAACUUGAACAUAAUGCACAGUGCUCUUCUCCUAGUAGGCUAUGAUUUUUUUUUUUAUAAAUUUUUGUCUACUUUUAUAAAUGAAUAAAUGAAUAAUGCUCAGUCGGAAACCAAAAAUUGAAGCUGACAGUCAAACUCAAAAGCUCGAAUAUUUUGAUCAAUCCUAUUUAUUUGAAAAAAGAAAAAACGAACUUAAAAGAAGGUACUUUAGGAAGAAUAAUAAACGGAAACCUAUCAAGAGCAGUUUGGGACAACUUUGAGCUCAUAGAUAAAAUUAUGGUGUACGAACGUAAAGUGAAUAUGAAUUCAAUCAUAAAAAGUAGCACAUAUGGAUCGAUUAAUUCAAACUCUGAUAAUGAUGUGACUACACCGGUUUGCAAACAGGAGACAUCUCCCGACGAUCACGUGCCUAUCACUGCUCCACCUGAAGUCUCUAAAUCGGUAUCUAUUGAAACCAGGCAAAGAGUGAAAAGAUUAGCUAGCGAAGGUAUAGGUAACAGCCCUUCGUCGCAGAGCUUUUCGUCGAAUUCAAAACAGAAGCAACGAACUUGGUCUCUAAGAGAGGAGAAAAUAUUUGUUGACCUGACCGCUGAAUCUGAUAGGCAAAAGGCUAAUGGAACUUCGGACAAUACGAGCCAUCAGCCUGAUUGUCCACCGACAAAAAAGUGGAGAGCAUUAUACCAAACUAAUGUCAACUCUUUGGAGGAGUCUUUGGAGAAUGCUUCCGUGAGGAUGCUAGGUGAAGCUCCUCAAAAUGAACCUGAGUUGGACAUGUCGAAUCAAAUCGGAGAUUCAAUAGAAGAAAAGACACCAAGUAAUAACCAAAGCUGCGACACAAAAUCGAAAUUUAUUAAUGAAUUUACUGAAUUAAUUGGUAAAGAACUUAGUUUGCUAAAGAACAAUUUGCUAAUUGACGCAAAACGUAAAAUUUGCAGCAUUAUAUAUAAUAUACAAAUGAUACAAUUUCACAAUCACAAUAAUAUUUACUAUAAAUGAGAAUAAAGUUUUCAUUUUAAUUUA